AUAUAAAAGAAAUUAGACGCCAAAAUGCACUAAACGCUAUAGCUUUGAAUAAAGGUUUUGACAGCUUGACUGUUGAUUCGCCUUGUGAUCCUGCUACUCAAGCUAAUGCUUGUGUUAACCAACAAUUCGCGCAAUGUGUUGGUGGGAAAUUUAUAUUAACUUCAUGCGGUGCUGAAUUAGUGUGUGCUGCUGUGCCGCUGGUUAAUAAAAGUGGAACUUCGAUCAUUUGUGAUAAUGCUGCGGAUCGAGACGCUCGCAUUAAGGAUGCACUUGGUGCAUCAGGACCAGCACCAACACCAACGCCAAAACCAACUGAACCAA